AGAUUAAUGAGUGAGUUUAGUGCUAUGGAUUAUGGCGAAAUUAAAAUUGAAAGAAAAUCAAUUGAAUUUGAAGAUUUUAAAAAAUUUAUUAUUGGAGAUAAAAAAUUUGACAAGCAGUACUCCAAUAUUUAUAUCGCUCGGUUAAGAGCUUUGAAAAAUAUUUUAGAAAAUAAAUCCAAAGAAAAAUGGGGGCAAUAUCAAGUAAAAACAAUAUCUCAACUUGGUGAUGAUAACGACGAUGAAAGUGAAGCAGAGAAACUAGUCAUACUUAUAGGAAUUAUUUAUAAGCAUCAAGAAUUGAAGCCUUCUAUUUUAAAAGAGCUUAGUGAUGAACUUCAAUUAAUACCACAGUCAUCAAGGUCUAACUAUUCAUCUGAAAAAGACCAAUUAUUCCUCGAAGAUGAAAUGCUGAGGAUUAAAUUAAUAGGCAGUGAUUUAAAUCAUAAAGAAAUGGUAACAGGAUUAAUUUGUGGUGUGUUAGGUUACCAGUCCAGUGGUGGAACAUUUAACGUCAAGGAUUAUUGUGUACCAGGAAUUUGUCCUCAAGCUUCGGAAUGUUCUCCUCUAAUGUUUCCAUCAGAAGAUAAAAUUUUAGUAUUAUUACUAUCGGGGCUAGACUUAUCUGGAAAUCCGGACUCGUUGCACUAUCAACUUUUGAGUGAAUGGAUCACUGCUACAAUGGAAACAAUACUAGCAACACGUAGAUUUGAUACUUUGCUAAGUGAAAUUGUCUCGACAUCAAAUGUCAUUCUAAUGCCUGGGCAAUUUGAUCCGUCAAAUCAUUCGAUACCGCAACAACCUUUUCAUCCCUCUAUUUUACCGCUUUCUUUCAGGUAUAAAAGCUUGUAUGUCGCCACAAAUCCUUGGAUUGGAAAAAUCGGAAGUAGAAUUUUAGCAGGCUCGAGUGGUCAACCAAUAGAAGAUAUUAUGAAAGUAGCGAAUUUAAAUGAGUAUUCACCAAUUGAUUGGUUAGAAAAAACAUUAUAUUGGAGGCACUUUGCGCCAACAGCACCCGAUACACUUGCUGCCUACCCUUACGUUGAAACUGAUCCAUUUAUUAUGGACGAAUGUCCUGAUAUUUAUUUUGUUGGGAAUACUAAUGAAUAUGCAACAAAGUGUGUAAUUGGUGAUCAAGGACAAACAAUUAGACUUAUUUGUAUUCCCAAAUUUUCAAAAACACACACAGCUGUUGUUGUAGAUUUAUUGUCUUUAGAGACUUGGCCGAUAACUUUUCAGAAUUAGUAAUAUUAUUAAUGAAUUUUUUUUAAAUUAUUUAUUAUUUAAUGUUCGUAGAAAAUUGUUGGGUAAUUAA